AUGGCCAACGUUAUUUCAACUUCUCAUACGAAGUCGCUUUUUCCACAUCCAUGGUAUAUUGCAAACUGUGAUAUAGGUCCAUUGCCAUUAUCAUUGGAUGAGUGGGAAAUAAUUGAGAUUUCCAAGGCUAUCAGAUCUAAAUCUGGCUGGCAAAUCAAAUAUAAAGACAGCGAAAUUACUUCAAAAUGGCAAUCCGAAUUGUGUAGUCAAUCAAAACGUAAGGAAAUCAAUAAAUUGUUCGAUUUUGUCUUGAAAGAAUUAGAUUGGUAUGUUGAAAUGGAAAAUUCAAUACCUGGCUAUAAAAUUGAAUGUGAUGACAAGAUUGUCACAAGUGAUAAUGCUGUGCCAUUGGCUAUAAAAGAGGAUUUCAUAAGAGAAGUUAAGAGCUUUUCUUCUUCUCUUAAGGAAAAAGACUACCAUCCAGGGUCUAACAAUCAAGUCUUGGAUUUGGUCCAUCCUUCUUUAUAUCCAUACCAAUAUGGCAAGACUCCUACUAUAACGGAUAACGGUAUAGAAUUGGUUCCAUACUCAGAUGAGGUCAAAAAUUUCAAAUUUGGAGUAUCCAAAUACUUGAUGUCAGAUAAAUACCAGUGGUUGCCAUCACUUCUUACCUUAAAAGAUGGAAAUUUUUCCUUUGCUUCAUACAUAAACAAUUUGCAUCCCAAAUAUCAAGGGCUAUAUAAAUCUAUUGAAUCCAUAUUUAAUCUUAGUAUACCUGGGUUGAAUUUCAUUUUGUCUCGUACGAUCUCCAACCAAGUAGUUAGAAUUGAAGUACCACCAGGAGAGAAAGCAUAUACUGAUGAGUUCAAUCAAAAAGUGAAAGAUUUGUGGAGCGAUGACUCUCUCAGUGAUGAGGUGUUCAUGCAAGAGCGGGACCGUCUUGAAGAGAGUAAGAUUUACAAUUUGAAGGAAUUGAAGUUCGAAUACGUGAAGCCUGAGAUGGCACAAUUCGAUCUUAGAGACUUUGAGGAUUUGAAAGUGAUAGUUAAGUUAGCUGAUAUAGAAUUAACACCAGAAAAUCCUUACUACAAAGGUGGAUCUUGGCAUGUAGAAGGAACGAUCAAUGAAGAUAUCGUAGCAACUAUAUUAUAUUAUUACGACACAGAAAACAUAGGAGAAUCUAGAUUAUCAUUCCGUACCACAUUUGAGGAUCCAGUUUAUGAGCAAAAUGACAAAUUUUACUGCAAUCAUUUCUAUGGAAUGGAGAAUGAUUGCAUCAUGAGCAGAAACUUGGGAUCGGUCGAAUGUAAAGAAGAUAGGUUACUUAUAUUCCCCAACAUUUUCCAGCAUCAUGUUGAUCCCUUCGAACUAGUGGACAAGUCAAAGCCAGGACAUCGUAAGAUUUUGUGCAUGUUUUUGGUGGAUCCUUACAAUGAUUUAGUCAAAACUACUUAUCAAGUACCACCCCAACAGCCAGACUGGCAAGAUCUUGUAGAUGGCGAGAUAAAAGAAAAAAUCAGAAAUUUGGGAACACAAUGGCCAAUUCCAUUGGAGGAAAUGAAAACAGUCAGGGAGGAUUUAAUGGAGGAAAGAUCCAUUAAGGACCUCUAUGAUGAUUUAAUACCCCCCUUUAAUCGGGAAUUCUCGUUAUGUGAACAUUAA